AUGGCGCUCCCCCCAGUUCUCGACGAAGAAAAUCUUUACAAGUUCCGCACGAAGAUUUGCGAGCGCUACGUGAAGCAGGGAAGAUGUGAGUUUGCGGACAAGUGUCAGUACAGCCACGACCUCCGCUGGACCCGAAGACCCCCCUGGAAAUAUACUUAUUCUCCAGAACUUUGUCGGGAUUUGAUAUUUGUGACUGACGGAAGGGGCAGGACAAUUGCGAAAUCGAACUGCAAGCAAAAGCGGAACUGCAGGUUUUCGCACACCAAGGAGGAGCAGAUGUACCACCCGAAGAUCUACAAAACGGUCCUCUGCAACCAGUUCCGCGAAAACGGAUGGUGUGAUCGUUAUUAUUGUCCUUUUGCUCACUCCGAAAAUGAAUUAAGGCCUUUAGAACAAAGCGAAGAAGUCAAACAAAUAUUUGCAAAGGCUCCUGCGCAGGAGGCGCUCUGCCCGGACAUCUACUUGCCCUCCGACCGGCCCCACCCCCGCCUUCGCGCGCGCUUCCUCGCAAUUAUGGACGGAGUUCCCCACCAAAGCCAUUUGCACUUGUCUUUGGACCCCAGCUGCCUCUCAGCAGCAGCAGCAGCAGCAGCAGCAGGCCGCACGCGGCAGCCCUACACAGACUUCAUUUCUUCCCACACUCCCCACUCUGUGCUUUCCGAGGGAUCUCCUGCAGCACAUCCGCAGCCUCUGUACCCUCCUCGAGCAGCAGGGGGCCCCCUGGGGGCCCCUGGGGGCCCCCCGAAGGCGGGGGCUGCUGGCGAGGGGGGGCACUUGGGGCAGCGCGGCGGCGCUGCUGCUGCUGCUGCUGCUGCUGCUGCUGCUGGCAGCCGCAGCAACCUUGCUGCUGCUGCCUCGCUUCGGCAAAAUAAUGCUGCAGCAGCAAACCCCGAAAGAAAAAACCAAAGACAAACUACUGACCGCCUCGUGCUGCUGCUGCAGGCGCAGCGAACUGCAGCAGCAGGCGCGGGCAGCAGCGGCAACAGCAGCAGCAACUUCAAAAGCAGCAGCAACGCCACAAAUAAUAAAUUCAGCAACGAGAGUUCUUUGAAGGCAGCCUUGUCUGCGGCGUCGCUGCAGGCGGACUCGCAGCGGCAGCAGCAGCAGCUGCUGCAGCAGCAGCAGCUGCAGCAGCAGCUGCAGCAGCUGCAGCAGGGGGCCCCCACCCUCGCAGAGGGGCCCCCCGGAUUCAUUAAAAGAUGCAGGGGGCCCCUCUUGACCCACUUCCCAAGGGGGCCCCUCCCCCCCUCUUUCCUCCAUUCCCUUUUCCCUUCAACGGGCCUCAAUGGUCUUCUCCACUGCCUCUUGCGGGCAGUCCAUGUGCUUCACCAGGGGCCCCCGGGGGCCCCCGCGGGGGGGCCUCCUGGCGCGGAGAGGUGCCACAUGAGGAUUCAUCCGGGGAAUGUGAUGUUGAGUGAAAGUGGAAAAAUAAAAUUGGGAGACUGCGGGGGGAAGAUUCGGUACUUGAGCAUUUUGCAUUUGUUGACUGCGGGGAUGCAGGGGGCCUCGAAUGCGAAGGCGUUGCUGCAGUGGAUCCUGGGCACGCCGCAGGAAACGUGCUGGAUGGCGCCGGAGUUCCUGGGGUCUUUGCUGGACUUAGACGAAGAACUCUCGCAGGCAAUUUGGCGCUGCAGCAGCUCGAAAGAUGAGAAGAGAAGCAAAGAAGUCUUCAGUGCACUUGCGAGCAGAUACAAGUGGCCGGGGGAGUUUCUGCGGCGGGCGGACGCGUGGUCUACGGGCGCCACUUUGUUCUUCUUCGCCUCCGGGGGAUUCCACCCCUACGGAAGCCCCAACGACCCUAUGAUCCUUUCGAACAUUUUGGCGGACAAAAAAGUCAACUUCGACAAGCUCGCGGAUUGCCCGUGGCUUUCCGACCUCCUAGGCGGGCUGCUGCAGCACAAACCUGAACAGCGACUCACUAUUGCCCAGGCUCUUCACCAUCCGCUUUUCUGGGACUCCGAGGACAUUGAAAAGUACCUCCAAGACUUCAAAGCCUUCCUCGAGACCCGCUCCCCCGAGGCGCUGCAGCUGCAGGCGGCGCUACACUACGAUAUUGGCUGGGUCCAUUCGCUGGGCUUUAUAUCAUCUCCGCUUCCUUUGCUGCAGCUGCUGCUGUCCUACGUUGCUGCUGCUGCUGCUGCUCCCGAGCUGCUCGCGCUGCAGCAGCCGCAAAGCCCCUGCAGCCUGCUGGUCUUCUUGGCUCUCUUAGCAGCAGAUAAGAGACUUGGACUUGUCCAAAGAAGACUUGCUGUUUCCGAAUGCCUCAUGGCGCAUGCUUCCUCGGCCUUCCCCGAUGGUGCGCUUAGAGCUGCAGCUGCAGCAGCAGCUCAGCAGCAGCAGCAGCAGCAGCAGCAGGAGCCGCACGCAUUCCCGUUUGCUUCAAGAACUCCUGCUGCAUGCCGCAUGCAAGACUUUGCUGAAGUCCCUAAGGGCUUCCGGGCGGGGGCCCAGCCGACGCCCAGCUCAGCAGCAGCAGCAGCAGCAGCAGCAGCAGCAACAGCAGCAGCCGUUGCUGCUGCUGCAGCAGAGCCCAGCAGCACAUGGCAGGAUAGGAAGGUAACGGUGGAUUUCCUGUUUGCUGCUGACAGCAGCGCCCCGCUAAAUCCCAGAGCAGCAGCAGAAGCAGCAGCAGCAGCAGCUGCUGCUGCUGCUGCUAAUGCAAAUGAAGGAGCAGCAAUAAGGCCUCUUACAAGGGGAGAGGCGGUGAAAGCCACAGGCGAUAUGCACAGCAGCAGCAACAGCAGCAGCAACAGCAGCAGCAACAGCAGCAGCAACGAAGAGCAGCCAGACGGCAGCAGAAUGCCAAAAGAAGCAGCAAAGAAGGCCUACAAAAAUGAGCCCAAGCAACGCCAGGCAGCAGCAACAGCAGCACAAGCAGAAGCAGCUGCUGCUGGAGAAGACAGCCGAUGGAAAACCGCAGAGAAGCAGCAGCAGCAGCGAAUAAACUCUCAGCAGCCUUUGGGCUUGAGCAGGGGCAAGGGGCUGUGGGGUCCCACGGCGGCAGCAGCAGCAGCAGCAGCAGCACAAGCAGCAGCCGCACAAGCAGCAGCAGUAGCAGCAGCAGCAGCUCCUACCAUCGUCGGAAGGACUACUGUGGGGAUGCAAUCGCUGCCUGUGGAAGCAGCUAGGGGAGACCCAGCAGGAGAAGCAGCAGCAGCAGAGCUGCAGCAGCAGCAGCAGCAGCAGCAGCAGCCCGACAGCAGCAAAACAGAUGCAGAGAGGUGGUCCCUCUCCUUUCCCUUUCUGCCCCGGACAGGCGGCAGCAGCAGCAGCAACAGCAGCAACAGCAGCAGCAACAGCAACAGCAGCCGCAGCGGCUACCCCUCAGCAGCUGCUGCGGCGGCGGCGGCCGCCGCAGCAGCAGCAGCAGCGGCUGCCGCUGCUGCUGCGGGGCCCCACGCUGCAGCAGAAGCAGCAAACUGCAGCGCAGUGACACAAAUGAGAGCAGCAAAAGAUGUAAUUGUGCAAAGUGACCUUUCUGUGGGUGUGGGGCGUUUUGGGCCUUCGGGUGUAUGUACAGAGGAGAAGGAGCGGCUGGGGUGUCUGGGCAGCGGCGCGGCGCUGCUGCAGCAGCUGCAGCAGCUGCAGCAGCUGCAGCAGCUGCAGCAACUGCAGCAGCUGCAGCAAAUGCCCGUCGCCAGCAGCACUGUCUCCACUGCCUUCUCAGCAGCAACAACUAGCGAGGGCUGCCAGGCCCAUUCGCAGCAGGCUGAGGGCUUGCCGGACUCGAAGCAGCAGGCCGCAGAAGCAGCAGCAGCAGCAGCAGCAGCAGCAGCAGCAGCAGCAGCGGCAGAAGGCAGCAGCAGACUGGCCCGGGAAACGGAAAAAACACCUGCUGCUCCCUGCCAAAAUGCAGAAGCAGAAAUGCUCGAAAGCAAAAGCAGCAAAUGUGCAGCAGCAGCAGCAAAGGGUGGCGAGGCGGCAGCUGUCGAUACACCCCAAACAGACAGACGGGAAACGAAAAGAAGAGACGGCGCCAACGCGUGUUUAAUUCAAUAA